AAGCCUGGGGGUUAUUUUUGUGAACUGAACAAUCUGAAAAGUGAGUAACAACACUGGUAGGCCAAAGCGUAUUACAGGUAUUUUAAAGUGGUUGAAUUGGAGAGGGUAUACGUUCAUAACAAAACAACCUGUGGAGAACGUGUGAAAGGGGUCGCGUUAAACAACCUUAGCGCAAGUAUGAGUUAUAUACAGCUGUGGAGCCGCGUUGCAAACAAACGUUCGAUGUGUAAGAAUAAGGGAAAUUGUCACUUAGCAUGGCACACAUAUUAAACCCUACCUUACGCAGCACUGAUAUAAGUCACAAUAAUUGACGUGAGCUAAAAUCCCCGAUAUCAGAGCAAAAUUGAACACUAGGGUUUAUCAGAGGUGAGAGAAUGGCUUUCUUUGUGCCAUAGGGCACAUAUAAAGAACUGUGUCACAGUUCAGUGUGUUUCAAAGAUGGCUGCCUACAUACAAGUAUUGGCUGCACUGCUCAUGGUCGUAUUUACUGGUAGUCAUGCAGAAAUUCUGGAAACCAAGCUCGGUAAAAUCCGUGGGAAGACAGAGACGGUCAACGGGAAGAAGAUAAAUGUAUAUCUCGGCAUUCCGUAUGCUGAGCCACCCCUCGGAUAUUUACGCUUUCGCAAACCAGUCCCCAAGAAGCCGUGGACGCGCAUGUUAGAUGCUACCGAAUAUGGACCUUCGUGUAUCCAGAAUUUGCUUUUUUCCCUCCCUGACAUCUUACGUCACACAGACAUCUCAGAAGAUUGCCUCAGUUUGAAUGCAUACGUCCCUGUAUCAGAAAAUAAGUCCCCCAAAGCAGUGAUGGUUUGGAUACACGGUGGGGGCUACGAUUUUGGCCAGGCACUGACGACUCCCUGCGAAGAACUGGCUUUACACGGUGAUGUCAUUUGUGUCACAAUAAAUUACAGGUUGAACCUAUUUGGAUUUCUUACCACGCUGGACGAAAAUGCGCCAAGCAACAUUGGACUGUGGGAUCAGCACGAGGCCUUGAAAUGGGUCAAAGAACACAUCUCAACAUUUGGUGGUGAUCCAGAAAGCAUUACCAUAUUUGGUGAAUCUGCCGGUGGUUCUAGUGUACAACAUCAGGCAGUGACUAAAUAUAACAUUGGGUUGGUUAAACGUGCCAUCAGCCAGAGUCCGCCAACAUUUAGCAACGGAUUUGCUUUCGCGGGAAACCCUCUUCGGUUAGCCAAGGAACUGGCCCUCAAACUUAAUUGUAACACCUCAGAAAACCGAGAUCUCAGCGACACUUUACAAUUGGUUAACUGUCUGCGUUUGGUACCCGCGGAGGUUCUCCUUAAUACUUCUAGUGAGCUUUUAACGCCAGGCCCCACAAAUGACGUUGCGGAAUAUGGCAAUAUGCCUUUUGCUCCAGUCGAAGACGGUGAUUUUGUGCCCUAUGGCACAAAGGAAUAUUUUUCUGCUUCCAAAACCAGGAAAAAUCCAGAAAUAAACGAAGCUUUUAGUAAAGUUGAUUGGAUGGUCGGAGCAUUAAUAGAUGAAGGGAAUAGCUUGCUUUACGUGGCGGCCAUGACGCAAGAGGAUGACGGGUACAACAUAUCAUCCGGGAUACCAGAGAAUGUCGUAAAUACAAAUAUGAUCCUUCCGUUUUUAAAAACGUUGUUUCCAAACAGCCUUGACAUAGUAAAAAGGCACAUUCAUGAUGCAUACACACACAAGGAUGACCCAAUCGAAAAUUCCCUCGCAAUGUGUGAUUUUUUCACCGAUAUUAUAUUCCACCAGCACGUUGUCGAAGCAUGCAUGGCCCACUUGAGAUCAAAAAGUACUAGUAACGCCCAGAAAUCUGCUACUUAUUCCUACAUCAUCAGUCACGCUUUGAGCGGAAGGAACGUGAUGGAGUAUUAUUUUGGCUUCAGUCUACCAACCUGGGCGAAGACUGCCACACACGGAGACGAUUUACCUCUAGUCUUUGGAACAAAAAUCUUAAAAGAAGGUGUGGAAUUUGACUGGAAUGAACAAGAUGAAAAAACAGCCAAAGUUGUGAGAACAUUUUGGACCAAUUUUGCAAAAACGGGAAACCCAAAUCAAGGACUUCCCCUAGAAAGCAUGGCAACAUGGGAAGAGUUCACCAAGGACAAGAAAGGCUACAUCAACAUUGGCAAACAAACUGAAAUGAAAUACGAUCUACACCAUGAGAGGAUGAAGCUGUGGAUGUAUACUAUACCUGAGGAAAUAGAAAAAGAGCAAAGAAACAAACAAAAGACUGAACUCUAAAAUAAAUAUG